GUUUUUAACUUAGUACUGCUAAGAUGAGCAUAUUACAAGCAAAAUCAUACAGUCUGUUUGUGUUUGUUCAUAAUUUUUAUUCGAGUCCUACAUUCAGGAAGAGUGUCGCCUUCAAGCUCCUUCAAGCUCAACAUCAUUUGUAGAGCCAUAUCAAUUUUCCCUCCACGGCCCACGUUACAGUAGCUCUGCCUUGGAGGCAGGAGCGCCGUGGAAUAUGUAAGUAGCACGCAUCAUUUCAUCGCUUCUUGUUUUUCAUCUCCUUUCUGCCAACAUCAUCAUCAUCUCCCAAAUGACAGUCAGUGCAAGAUGUUAGAUAGUAACAUGUGGCAACUCAUUGUCGACUCGGUGUUCUUGCACGAACCCGAUGCGGGAAACUGUCAGUGCUGGCGGUCAGUGUGGACGGGGGGACGACGACGGUAGUUUCCGCGCCGGAGGUAUGCAGGAAAAAAACGUUGUUAGUGUAAAUUUGUGAUGCGCAACAUGCAAGGUGAUUGCGUCUGUCGUGCUUGGCAUGCAUCGUAGGGCCCAUCAAAGGGCGUUUUCACAUACUAUCUGCGCAUGACAGGUUUUUGCUGUCAUGCCAGACAAAUUUGUAAUGCUGUUCCUCCAAAAAAGUUACACCUACAAUGUUUUUUUCUUGGAUAGGAGGAGGAGGCGGCUGUGGUCGAUAGCACGAUUGAUGUGAAUGCGACCAAUGUUACUAAUGAAACUAGUACCUCUGCUUCCCGGACCUCGCUGGUGGAUGAAGACGAAGACUUCAGCGCUUUCAACACAUCAUCUUCCGGUAAUACCACAAACGCCAGCGCUGGCAGCCGUUUAUCAUUAUCCCUGUUUGACGACGACGACUCUGGGCCAACAUCUUCUUCACUAGGGGAAAACACGACAACUACGAGUUCCAACGGGACGAGCAGUACUUUCGCAACCAAUUUCAGCGGCUCUGGAAUUCACCUGGUACAGGUGCAAAACGGCACGCGCAGACGGUUGUUUUUCGACGAAGAACUUGAUUUAUCUGACUCCGCGUCUGUCUACACCGGCCCGGACCGGAUUUUCGAACUACCGCACCCAGAAAACGUGGAAAUCAUCCCACCAAAAGAAACGGACGACGAUUUUGAAGCGUUUGUCCGGUAUCUCGCAGCCACUUCCACGAGCAACCAGUCGAAUGAAACAGCAAUGGAGGAGGAUGAUCUGAAUAUGUUCUGAAUUGUGGAGUUAUGAUUAUUCCAUCGAUGGUGUUAUGAAUUGUAGAGAGGAGCACCACGAUUAUGGAUCUGAGCGACAUGUGGCACCUCAUUGUCGACUCGGUGUUCUUGCACGAACCCGAUGCGGGAAGAUUAUUCCCGCCGCUGGAUCUGCGCGCCGUCCCGACGAUCGGGGCCUCCCUUGUCGCACUCCUGUGCCUCGCAUUUUUCUCGGUGCUGCUUUUUCGGGACCGAAACCUCACGCACACACUUCAAAAGCGAGUGGGCGAGUUGGAGAAGCAGGUGAAGCACGUGCAUGACGCCCACCGCAGCUACUACCCGUAUCCGAAGUAAAAACGCGGCCCACGACAUCACCCCAUAGUCUGUCAAGAUGGGUGCUUAGCAAAAAGAACUUGGUGGCUUGUGUACGUACACACAUCAACACGCUUUCGCUGUUGCGCAACGGGUGGACUGCUCGCAGCGCAGUCAAGAUUUUUACCUAAUGCGUGCGUGUCACAAAAAAUCGCGAUCGUUCUUUUCAUGCUGGUUAUAGCAAGCCGUACUCCAAUUGUUCCAAAACAAAUGCUCCUCAUGAAGCAAGCUGCGCAUGAGAAACAUCCUGAGCAUGCAGAAUUGCAUGAAAUAAAAUCUGGGGUGUAGACGAUGGAUUUUACUCAGGAUAACCCGUCCGCGAUCGUGUUCCUGCGUCACGGCGAGAGCGAAGCCAAUGUGGACCCGUCUCUCUACUCCUCCAAGGGCGACCCCUACUAUCAAAAUGAAAAAUCCUCCCACCCCAUAUCAAAACGGAAAUUUGUGAUGCUGAUUUGGGGCCACAAAUCAGCUUUGUAUUGCAGAGAGGCACUGCGGCCAGGUCCCCAGGCUAGGUAGAGGCGCACGUGUCUAGCUGUUCAGCAUGGCAAACGAUUCCCCUUUAGGCCCAGCAGCAUGGCAAAUUGCUUUCAUAAUGGGGCGGAAGCUUCUGCCCUUGUCUUCUUGCAAGACAGAUGUGAUUUGUGACCUCAAAUCCGCAACGCAAAUUUUUCUAAACUUACCUUUUCAAUAUGGGGAGGGGGGAUUUUUCCUCUCAAUACCUACAUAGAACUCACGCCAACGGGCGUGCUGCAGGCAAAGCAGGCGGGCCAGCGGCUCGCGAAAGUCAUCCAUAAACUGCAUCAACAAGCACCCGCUGACGCGAAUACGCUCGACGAACUUUUGCUCCUGCAACAAGAAGGUGCUGGUGCCCACCAGCCUGCGACGACGACAAACUUGCAAACGAGCGCCACGACCCUGACCAGCAGCGGCCCUCCCGUAACAACUAAUAAAACCAACACGACGACGAGUACAGCUACAUCUUGCACGACCGCAAGGACUACAGGCACAGCAAACUCGUCCUCAAGCAGAAAUAUUAAAAGCGGCGCCCCCGUCGGAGCGGCAGAUGUCCCUCCAAACGAGCUGCAACUACAAGUACAGAAAAUGAUCAAUGCGAGCACGACUCAGAAAGUACACAAGAAGGUCUUUCUCUACUGCUCCCCCUACGUGCGCACCCGGCAGACCGCGCAGCACGUUGCGGAGUCGCUGCAGGAGCAGGGCAUCGAGAUCGCUCGGGUGAUCGAGGACCCGCGCAUCCGCGAGCGCGAACUGCCGUUCGGCUGGACCGGCGAAGAAACGUCCAUGUCCGCGGGCCGGUUCUUCUCGCGGCCGCGGGGCGGCGAGAGCAGCGCCGACGUGUUUGACCGGGUGAGUCUCUUCUUUCAUACCAUCUGGCGCGACUUCCGGUCUCACCCCGAGAUGGAGGGACAAGUAGCCCUGAUCGUUACCCACGGCUUAGCCAUGCGGGUCGCCCUCAUGAAAUGGAUGAACUGGAACUGGGAGACCUUCCUGCGCAUGCGAAACCCGGAGAACUGCGAGGCGCUCAUUUUGCAAGGUGACGAGCACAAAACCUCGUCCGGAGUUGGGGGAGACAAAGGCUCCUCCUCCCGGGCAGCAGACCAACCGCCCCCAGCUUCUAUGUCGGACCACGGCGCAGUCUUUCAUGCUGGAGGGCUCACGCGGGGGCCUCUGGCACGAAGCGACUCUUCCGAAGCGCUAGCUCUGGUGAGUAGCAGAAGGACCGAAGCGGGCCGAAAGCGUUUUGUUUUGACCAAAGGGAGCCUCGAUGUGCUUUUCGGAGAUCCGACACGCAGCCAGACCGGCAUUGCAACCAAUAGUACCGCUGGUGCAGAAAUUGGACGCAGGGAAUCCAUGUAACUGACUUCUACGUUCGUCCAGCAACACAUUUUCAAUACGAUGAUCCUUUUCUCUCAUAUCUGCUGGCAAUUCUGAAGUACAACUCCCGAAACAAGUAUAGUAGAGUGAAGAAUAUCAUGCAAGAACGGAGUAGAUAAGAAGAUCAAGAAGUACGACAAGAGGAAACGGACGAACGACCUCUAAGAUACCCACGACACCGAAAUCAACUUCGAUGC